AUGGAAUGGUUGGCGGAAUGGCCGACAGUACAUGAACUAGUGGAUGAAUUAGUAUUAAGUCUGAAGCGCAGACAAUCACGUGGCUCCUAUGAAACGGCCAAGAUGACAACUCACGUACUAAGCAAAGUGCUCGAAACAGUCAAAUGGUCAACGGCUGGAGAAAUUCUAGAGAAGAUUCGUCAAUUAGGACACAUGCUCACGAAAGCUCAUGCUCAUGAACUUGCAAUUGGAAACGUAGUUCGUCGUGUGCUUUACAUUAUUCGUGAAGAGCAUUCCAAUGCAUUAAAACUAUCAUCAAUGGAUACGGCUGCGCCCGUCUCAGCUCCACCCUCCUCCAGUCGCAAUCACAAUUUGUCACGUUCUCUAGGGACGAUAUUAACUCCAGGUACAGACACAGAUUUGUCCAUUCCUAUUGCAGAUUUGAAAUUGUCGGUCAUGGAGGGGAUUGCAGAGCUUAUUGAUGAGAUUGAUAGCUUGCAUGUAAACAUUGCCGAUCAAGCUAUGGAGUAUAUACAUACAGACGAAGUAAUCUUGACGUUUGGACUCUCGCUGUCAGUUGAAGCGUUUUUGAAGAUGGCCGCGAAGAAGCGCUCGUUCAAGGUUAUUGUAGUGGAAUCUGCACCGUCGUUGAAUGGGCAACGCACGGCUCAUGCUCUGGCAGAGAGUGGUAUCCAUGUUACAGUGAUCCCAGAUAGUGCUGUGUUUGCCUUAAUGGCACGUGUGAACAAGGUCGUCGUUCCUGCUGCCGCUGUGGUUGCCAAUGGUGGCCUGAUUGCUCAGUCUGGACUGCAGAAUAUCGCGCUAGCUGCCAAAAAGUGCUCGGUGCCUGUGGUGUGCGUGGCAGGACUGAUCAAGCUAUCUCCAUUGUAUGCCCACGAUCUAGACGUUCUUAGCGAGCUCCUGUCUCCGUCUAGUAUCUACAAUUAUGAGGACAUCGUCGAGACCUUGGAGGUGCUAAACCCAGCGUACGACUACGUCCCGCCCGAAUGCGUGAGGAUUUUCAUCACCAACACUGGAGCCCACCAGCCAUCGUACAUCUAUCGUCUGCUCGCCGAGUACUACUCCCCGCAGGACUACCAGCUUAGCUAG